GCGCUGAUUGUCUUCUCGUUUCCGGAAGUUUGAAUUGAUCGAAAGUUCGGAACAUAACCUCCAUUCAUUUACGCACGCAUUCGCGUUUACGUUGCGUUGAUUGUCGCUAUCGCUUCAAAUCGCAUGAGAAUGGUUCGUUCGAAAAAAAGUACGAAAGCGCAGAAGACCGGGCCGGUCGACAAUGCGUGGUCGUUGAAGAUACCAGAUUUCAAAGAAGAGGACAAUCCGCAUCGCCUGCUCGAGGAGAGCUCGUUCGCGACGAUGUUUCCCAAGUAUCGCGAGCAGUACUUGAAGGAGCAUUGGCCGCUAAUUCAGAAAGCUCUGGCCGAUCACCACAUCAAGGCCGAGAUGGAUCUCAUCGAGGGGAGCAUGACUGUGAAGACCACCAGGAAGACCUGGGACCCGUACAUCGUCAUCAAGGCACGCGACAUGAUCAAGCUCAUGGCUCGUUCGGUUCCCUUCGAGCAAGCAGCCAAAGUUCUCCAGGACGACAUUACCGCGGAUGUCAUCAAGAUAUCCUCUCUUGUCAGAAACAAGGAUAAGUUCGUCAAGCGGAGACAGCGGCUCAUUGGACCGAACGGAUGUAAUUUGAAGUCCAUCGAGCUGCUCACGAACUGCUACGUCGUGGUCCAGGGUCAAACCGUUUCGGCGUUGGGUCCUCACAAGGGUGUGCAGCAGGUGAGGAAAUUGGUGGAGGAUACCAUGAAAAAUAUCCAUCCCGUUUACAGCCUCAAGACAUUGAUGCUCAAGCGGGAGCUCGCCAAGAAUCUCAAGCUAAAAAAUGAGAACUGGGAACGGUAUUUGCCCAAGUACAACAGCAAGAACAUCAGUAAGCGUAAGCAACCGAGGAAGAAGAAGGAGAAGAAGCCGUACACUCCGUUCCCGCCGCCUCAACAAGAAAGCAAGCUUGACAAGGCGAUUGCGUCCGGCGAGUACUUCCUGAAGGAGGAUCAGAAGAGGGCGAAGAGGAAAAAGGAACAGGAAGCGAAACACGAGGAGGCGACCAAGAAGAGGCAGGAGCGCAGAGCGCAGGCGUUUGUACCACCUGAAGAGAAACCUGUGGAAAGUGAAACUGCGAAGGCUGACCUAGACAUUGCUAAAAUAAAACUGAAAGUUCGGCAGGGAUUGAAAAAACGUAAAACAGCAUAGUGUAUACGGACAUUUUUAAAAUAUCAACAAUGUGUAAAAAGCAAUGUAAAAUGUUAAGUUUUGUUACACAAAUAUAAAUUUACGGAGAUACUCCGUUAUUUUAUUAGAAAAA